UUGAAACAAACCGCGUACGGGAAGUCGGAGGGAAAAAUCAGCUGGACUCCGCGGAAAUCACCAACAGGAGUAUUUUCCUUUUAUUUAGCUAGCUAACCAUCUGUCAACUCCCAUUUCUCCCUCCCUUCUUUGUUGCUGUCAAACCGCCACACUGGCGAUGUCGGAGUCGUACGAUUUCCUGUUUAAAUUCCUGGUGAUUGGGAAUGCUGGAACGGGGAAAUCGUGUCUUCUGCACCAGUUCAUAGAGAAGAGGUUCAAGGAUGAAUCUAACCACACAAUCGGAGUCGAGUUUGGCUCUAAGAUCAUCAGCGUGGUCAACAAAAUGGUCAAGCUUCAGAUUUGGGACACCGCAGGACAAGAGAGGUUCAGGUCUGUGACCAGGAGCUACUACAGAGGAGCAGCAGGAGCCCUGCUGGUCUAUGACAUCACCAGUCGAGAGACGUACAACGCUCUGACCACAUGGCUGAGUGACGCGAGGAUGCUGGCGAGUCAGAACAUCGUCAUAAUCCUGUGUGGGAACAAGAAGGACCUGGAUGCUGACAGGGAGGUCACCUUUCUGGAGGCUUCCCGCUUCGCUCAGGAGAACGAACUGAUGUUCCUGGAGACCAGCGCUCUAACAGGGGAGAAUGUCGAAGAGGCCUUUGUCCAGUGUGCUCGGAAAAUCCUCAACAAGAUAGAGUCAGGGGAGCUGGAUCCAGAAAGGAUGGGCUCAGGUAUCCAAUACGGCGACGCUGCUUUACGACAGCUUCGCUCUCCUCGUCGUGCUCAGCCACAGGGCACCCAGGAAUGCGGCUGCUAGUGGACGUGUCCUGUAACACAUACAGACAAGGCCAAUGAGGAUAAAACACAUCAAGAGCAACAGAAACAAGUGCGAGAAGUAUAUUUACAGUGUAAAAUAAAUAAGAAAUUACAAGUCUGUUUCCAAGUGUCAGUGUUGUGCGGUGAGUUGUAUGCGGUGGAUUGUAGCUGAAGAUCACCAGAGUUGAAGAGACUCCAGGGAGAAACGAUCACUGAGUCUAGUGGUUCUGCUCUGCUGGGUCUUUAAAGACACAGGAGACUCUUUUUGUAGAACUGCUGGUGUUUUAAGAUGAGUCAAAAAAUAAUUUGAGAAAAUAACCUCAAUUCAAUUUUCACUUAAUGAUUUUUGGCAGAUUCAAAUUUUUGUAAUAGCUAGUUGGUCAAAGCUCUGCAAUUCUUUCUUGCUUCAUAAUGAUGAGAGAUGAUUAAGAUAACCUUUAUUAACUUUUAUUAGUCCCACACAUGGGAAAUUUGUUAAUUACU